AUGGCUUCAAAUGAACCAAAGACAAAGAAACACAAACUUUCAGAAGAUGAAGAUGAGAAAGAUGUCUCACCUUCAAAAAAGAUUGCCCGCCAACUAAGCCCAAAUUCGUUAUUUGGUAUGGGAAACCCUUUACUGGAUAUCUGUGCUGUAGUGGACAAAGACUUUUUGGACAAAUAUGCCCUGAAGUCUAACGAUCAGAUUCUGGCUGAUGACAAGCACAAAGCACUCUUUGAGGAGUUGGUGAAGAAGUUCAAAGUUGAAUAUCAUGCUGGUGGAGCUACACAGAACUCUAUAAAGGUUGCCCAGUGGAUGAUCCAAGAACCUCAUAAAGUUGGUACUUUCUUUGGCUGCAUUGGUGAAGACAAGUUUGGUGAGAUCCUGAAGCAGAAAGCCGAGGAGGCCCACAUCGAUGCUUAUUACUACGAGCAGAGUGAGGAGCCAACGGGCACAUGUGCGGCCUGCAUCACUGGAGACAACAGGUCUCUGGUGGCAAACCUUGCUGCUGCCAAUUGUUACAAAAAGGAAAAACAUCUGGACUUGGAGGAGAACUGGAGGCUAGUGGAAAAGGCCAAAGUGUACUACAUUGCUGGUUUCUUUCUCACUGUGUCUGUGGAGUCUAUCCUGAAAGUGGCAAAACAUGCCUCUGAAAACAAUAAAAUGUUUUGUCUGAACCUGUCUGCGCCCUUCAUCAGCCAGUUCUUCAAAGAUAACCUCAUGCAAGUUAUGCCAUAUGUGGACGUCCUCUUCGGCAACGAGACGGAAGCGGCAGCAUUUUCAAAAGAGCUGGAAUUUGAGACCAAUGACCUAAAAGAGAUUGCUAAAAAAGCCCAAGCUCUGACAAAAGUCAACAAGGAAAGACAGAGGAUUGUUGUUUUUACUCAAGGAAAGGACGAGACCAUCAUGGCCUUAAGUGAUAAAAUUGAGACAUAUCCUGUGAUAAAAAUUGACCCUAAAGACCUUGUGGAUACAAAUGGCGCCGGAGAUGCUUUUGUGGGAGGUUUCUUAUCGGAGCUGGUUCAGAUGAAGCCACUGGAUCAAUGCGUGAAAGCAGGUCACUACGCUGCCAAUGUCAUCAUUCAACGUGCUGGGUGCACCUUUCCAGAAAAACCCAACUUCAGCUGA